AGUGGUAGAGGCAGUGUGAUGUUAGAGGUACAGUCUGUGCCUUUGCUUUAGAUUCACAGUGACAGUGGCGGAGGAUGAUGAUGUAACAUGAACUCAGAUCAACAGAGGAUUUUUACAUUGAACUGGUGGAGCUAGCAUCUUUAGCUUCCGGUUCUCUAAGUUAGCCUAUAGCUGCUACACCACAGCCUCAGAAACGUGCUCACUAACAUUUACUGAGUCCCAGCAGAUCAACGAGCUGAUGACGUCACAAACAACGUGGAUUACAAACCGGUGGAGAACCUGCGGCGCAGUUCUGUCACUUACUUGGAUGGAGGACGCGGAACAGCGAAUACUUCACCUUCAAAAUGAACGAGGAAGUCAAAAGCACGUGUCCGCCUUUUAUACAAUCCAACGUGCUGCCAGCGGCAGCGGAGCCUUCUGGGAAAUGUAGUACUUUGUCCUCAACGGCCAAUAGAAAGAAAGAAAUAUGCAUGAGAUGAGGUGUAAGCCGAGGUCCCGACCACGUGCCACCUCCUCUUCACGGCUGAUAAAAGCUUCCAGCAGUCUCUAGACACGCAGAUGGGUUUUUAUUUGACUGGUGUUUACUAUGCGUACAUAUAAUAAUUAUCCCCCAUGUUCUGUUUAUUCCAAUAAGCCUUGUCCCUUUAUGGAAAUGCAAAAAUGUCAUUGCCAUCAAACAAAACAGUGCUCCGGAAAAGCUGAGCAUAUAUUUAGGUCACAUUACGUCAAUGGAUUACAAACACCAGCGUUUUUUUAAUCCAAGCAAAAUACAACAACUCAAGCAUUCCUGUUAUCUUACUGGACAGCAAUUGUCAGACUAAACCCUGUUAUUGUUAUUUGACUGAGUGACAAAUAUCAACCCUCUAAUAAGGGGAGCUGAAGGGUAACACAGGCUCCGAGCUCAUUUCUGUCCUGUUUCUGCAAAAUAACUGAGAAACAUUUUAUUUCUCUGAGCAGCGUUAUGUUCUGCAGCAUUUUAAACACUGAGAUAAUCAUGUUGUCUUCAACCUCUUGUGCUUCAUAUGUGUAAUGAUAGAAGCCAAGAUCCAAAGUCAACUUUAAUGUUAAUUCUGUACAGGACAGAGGAGGGAUUUAAAUGAUGUUUCCCUCUGAUCCCUCGGUUAAACAUAUUAGCAUGCAAUAUAUUAAGUACUCAAAACAUAAUACACAGUACAACAUAGUAUGAAGUCAUAAGGCACACAGUGGAAAGGAUCAGAAUAGUACAAACUGGAUUAGAGAAUGCAAAAAAACGUAGGAAGUAAUGUAAUGUACAUCCACAGAAUGUAGUAAAUAGCAGUUAAAAAGGUAGUAAAUCACAAUUAAGCAAGUGUGACAUUAUAUCACCCAAAAAUAUAAUGCUUAGGAAGGAUGGUUUCUUGUUGUGCCUUUUCACCGAAUAAUUGCAGUGUCCUGAACGCCCCACUCAACUUAAUUUCAAUCUCUAUAAAGACAUUUUGCAUGGGAGUAUGUGGAGUCUGUAUACAAGGGACAAGACUACGUCAGAAGCCCCCAAAAUAUUGGCUAAUAUUCACCUGCAUUAAGACUGAUUUGGUAGAAAUGUUGGUUUAACCCACUCAUCCCACUUUCUCUCAAACAGAUCCACUUUCCAGAACAAGAUUAUUAUGUUAAUUGAAAACUGUAAUUUGGAUUUGAAGCUCACCUAAUAGAAAAAAGUACAAUAGAUAUGAUAUUCCCAUACACGGUCACAAGGGGUUGUUGCCUGUUUCAGAGCGAACGUCAGUCGAGCUAACCCUUUCAAAUAACACUUCACGUAUCUGUCCAACUCUUUACCAAUACAAAUCCCUCUUGGUCAGUUGAUAAAAGUUUGCUGUUUCCUGUACCUCUCUUCUGAUGUCCUAUGAUACUCUGAGCAUCUAGGAGUCAUCUCCUAAAUUCUCCCUCUCACUAUCAGACAUCUCACCUCAUGCACUAAGCUGCCAGCAUUUCCCCUCACCCACUGGCCUGAGCCCUCAGUUAAUUCCACCAUGAUGCUACAUCCUGUAACAUCAUUUUGUGGUUCAAACUUUGCCUGCCUCAAAAUCCCGCCAACCCUCCCUGGAGAAGUGAAAAGAUCAAACACAGACAUGUUUUUGCUUCUGCUGUGCAAACAAAGAGCACGGUGGCUGGCUCCGAGCUGCGAGCAUCACCAGCAUCACCAGCAUCAGGUAACACAGUGGAGUGUUUAAUUACAUCCCCGGGAGAGACGGCUCAGAACGAACUGGUCCUCCGCACAUGCUGGCAGAUGCCGAGCUCACAUGGCUAUAAUUGUGAUCCCCUCAACACACACACAGGCACACACACACACACACACGCUCACACGUCAUUGUCUUCAGUAUUGAUGUGUGCUGGACCUUACCCUCUUGACAUGGCUUGAUUUAUGUGGGGAUGAGACACAGACACUGAAUAGUUGAUGAGCUGGGAGAAAAAGAAAAGAAGUGUAGGGGUUGGGAGGGGGCAGAAAUAGAGAGAGGCUGACGGAGAGGGAGGGAGGGAGCGAGGGAAGCAGCUCAAAGGAGGGUGUCCGCUCGUCUCGCUCCACACAGCUUCUAUAAGCCCUGAGGUUCAGAGCGUUGGUGGAAAAUUACCUCGUGAACAAGAGGGGAGGUCAGAGCUGGUAGAGUCAGACUCCACUCGUCGUGGGAGGAAGACGCAGCUGCCGCAUAAGGGAGGAUGGAGUGUGCGAUGGGCUGAUCAGAGGUGGACCAAGGUCGGGCCAUGGAGAAACUAAAAGGUCCCACAGAGGGAUGCGGUAUCCACAGGACCUGUGGAUGGAGAGCCCUGCUCCUCCCGCAGCUGAACAGACAGUCGCUGUACUUGUACGGCAGCGAGGUGGCCGUGGAGAAGGAAUGCCUGCGACAGCUGGAGAGCGGGGUCUUUGUCAUUCACCCUUUCAGCCUCAUGAGGAGUUACUACAUCAUGUGCAUGAUGGCCAUCACGUUUCUGAACCUGAUCGGGAUUCCCAUGGAGAUAGCUUUUCUGGACGGGACCAGCGGGCUGGCAUGGGAAGGAUUUAACGUGUUUUCAGACACGCUGUUCCUGAUAGACGUGGCUCUGAAUUUCCGCAUGGGCAUCAUAGCAGAGGACAGCGAGGAAGCUAUUCUGGAUAUCAAGCGGAUCCGGCUCAGUUACCUGAGGACAUGGUUCAUACCGGACGUCAUAGCUGCCUUCCCGAUCGGCUACAUUCUGCUGUUUGCGGACUUGCAUUACAACAGUGAUGACAACCCGUCCAAGACCAACAAGAUGAUGAGGAUCCUGAUGUUUGUUCGGAUCCUCAGCUUGAUCCGACUCGCUCGAGUGUCCCGACUCGUCAGGUUCUUCAACGAAGUGGAGAAAGUGUCAAAUGCAAACCUGGAGGUGGUCCGCCUGUUCUUCCGAAUCCUGUCUUUAUUCAUGAUGAUUUUCCUGCUGUGUCACUGGAACGGCUGCAUCCAGUACUUUGUUCCCAUGCUGGAGGAGUUCCCCUCUGAUUGCUGGGUCCGCAAAGAAAACCUGAUGAAUGCCACAGUGAUCGUGAAAUACUCAUGGGGAGUUUUUCGAGCUCUCUCACAGAUGAUUGCUCUCUCCUACGGCUCCAUGGACGCUCCAACAAAUUAUGUUGAAAUGUGGAUCGUCAUGGUCAGCAUGGUGUCCGGCUGUCUGAUGUACACCGUCCUCGUGGCCAACGCCACCGCCAUGAUCGCCAACACCGACCCUGCAGCCAAGGAGUACAAGAUCAAGAUGAGUCGUUUGGAGCACUACAUGUCCUUUAUGAAGCUCCCGCCUGAACUGCAACUCCGCAUCAGCAACUACUACCAGGCUCGCUAUGGGGGGAAAUGGUUUGACCAGAAGGACGUGAUGGCCACAGUGUCUUCUGCACUCAAAGAGCAAAUCCUGACAGUGAUGUGCAGCCGGCUGCUGAGAAAAGCUCCAAUGUUUCAGAACAGUGAUGAAAACUUCAUCAGUGCCCUCCUCCCCAAACUGGAGUACGAGGUCUUCCAGGAGGGAGACGUCAUCGUCCGAGAGAAUGUCCCAGGCGACAGGAUGUUCUUCAUCGACCACGGCCAGGUCCUCAUGGAGAGCGAGUCCUACGACAGGGAACUAUCUGAUGGAGACUUUUUUGGAGAGACAUGCAUGCUGACCAAAGGCCAACAUCUGGCCACAAUGAAGGCGCUGACCGACUGCCAGUGCUUCACUCUGUCCUUUGACGACUUUCGGGAGGCGCUGCAGGGCUUCCCAGAUGUCAAGCAGGACUUGGAAAAAAUGGUUGAGCUCAACUCUGAUGCAGGAGUCGUGUAAGAACAAAAAAAAUGAUUCCAUAUUUGGACAUGACUUGGACAUUUACUUACGGAGGAGAUGGACAGUCCUCGAGCCUCGACUCGUACUGGGAAUGAGUCAGACCUCAACAGUUAAGACGGGUCAAACAUAUAAUCUCUCCUUUCUUGUUGCUAUCUAACAUCAACGUUUGGAAAGUCAAUAUAUAUCCUAGUGACAAAACAAGAAAGAUUCAGACUUUUUGUCUUUAUAUGACUUGGGGUUGGCUUUUGAUGUUUUGACCAUGAUCCCUAUCAAUAACAUUGGACUCACCAAGUUAACCUCUAAGAUCUGGGAUCACAUAGAUUUGAACAAGAGACACAAGCUGUCAGAUGAUCAUAGGUUGUAUAUGAAUCCAUUAACUUCUUACCCAGUUGUUCAAAGAUCGAUCACUGCUCAACAAAACACAGGUUUAACUUAAAUCUGUAGUUUUGCUUUCAAGUAGUCAUUUAGAUCAUUUGGUCUCUUGUGUGUCUUCCCGCUGGACUUAUCACCCUGUUAAUGGACGACUGUACAGUAUUAGAUUAGACCCAAGUUGCAAACUGGAAAUUUGCUAUAAAGGAAGGUUAUAUCUAAACAGAUUCUUGUGAAUAUGAAGAAUCUGUAGGCGAGGGACAAGAUUUUGGGCCCGGAAGCCUUCUGGUGUCUUUUUCUGGUUUGAGCAAUCACAUUUGAGCGGGUAAACCGUCAGAGUGGAGAGCAACAGAGGCCGAACACAUUGACUGAAAUGCUUUUUAAUUUUUAUUUAUUCAUAUACAGAUAGAUGUUGAUAUAGAGUUGAACCAGAAUGUCAUCUGGACCUAAAACACUUACAAAACGUAUCGCUGUUAGUGUUUUGUGUGGAGAAACAUUCGACUUCUGUGAUUUUAAAAACUAGUCGGACUCUUGGAUAUCCAGGAGCCCAAUAAUGUUGGCCAUUGCCCCUAGAAGCUAAUUAACGACAGCCAAUGGAUCAGUGAUUGAAAGAGGGUAAAAACUCAUGUAUGUCAUCGUUUCUUUUCUCUAAAAUGACAUUUAUUUGUAGCAACAUUACUCAAGAUGAAUUAAUGUCAGUGUGAAAGCAACAAAAAUAAAGCAUAUACUUUAAUAUGA